AUGAAAUCACCUUUUGUUCCAUGUUCUAAAGAAACUUAUGAAGUUAUUGAAGGAAAUGAGAUAGAAGCAAUCAGAUCACAAAAUAAUCCUUCUGACAAUGUUAUUUCAUCAACGCCUUCUUUUCAAAGAAAAUCUCCAAAGAAAACAAGAUGGAGAAAAAGUCUCAAAGAAAAAGCAGUAACUUUAGGAAAAGAUCUUGGGAUAUCAAACACACUUCGGUAUUUAAAGAAGUUUCCAGAGUAUCAGAAUUUAUGUGCAUCAACACUUUAUUAUUGGAUUAGAGCUGAUGAAAGAGAAUCUUCAUCUAUUUCUCAACAAAGGCUAUAA